AUGUUCCCGGAAAACAUUAUCCAGGCGACGUUCGAGCGUGUACAGACGAAGUACGUGGCGCAUCGGCCACAUAUUUCAAAAAAUGCUUCUGAUGACGUCUUUAUUAUGAAGAAAACGAUCAGCCCCACUCGUGGCAUGAACAUUCUUGGUAUAAUCGUCUUCUGUACGGGUUUUGGCAUAGUGAUCUCACAACUCGGUGAACGUGCACGAAUUGUCGUCGACUUUUUUGUGAUUCUCGAUGCUGUUAUUAUGCGAUGGGUGGAAACGUUGAUGUGGUUCGCUCCACUCGGUAUAACUUGUUUGGUUUGCGGUAAUUUAUUAGAACUUGACGAUUUGUCCGAUACUGCAAGUGUCCUACUGCUCUACGUGUUUACGGUAAUCGCCGGUCUUAUUCUACACACAGUGAUUACGUGUCCGAUUCUAUAUUUCUUGAUCACAAGAAAGAAUCCGAUGUUCAUCGUACGCGGAAUGAUGCAGGCGAUUGUCACCGCCUUUGGAACGGCUUCAGGGUACGUGAUUGCGGACACCAACUCUGACAUAACGUCAUCUGUAAUUUUCAGUGGUGCCGCGCUCCCUAUGUCAAUGCAAUGUAUGGAGGACAACUGUCACAUAGAUCGACGGAUAUCACGAUUCGUGCUCCCUCUCGGAUCCACUAUCAAUAUGGUAGGGGUAGAGUGCAGACAGGCAGGAAUCUUCUGCGUCUCUGUCCAUCUGAUCGAUAAUUUUCUACAGGAUGGUAACGCCCUCUACGAAGCUGUUGCUGUGAUUUUCAUUGCCCAGUUGAACAAUGUGGAUCUCUCAUUCGCAGAAGUUCUUACCGUCAGUGUCACCGCUACAGUAGCGUCAAUUGGCCUUGGCUCGGUGCCAGCUGGUCUAGUUUCUAUACUUCUAAUUCUGCACACUGUUGGGCUACCUAUUAAGGAUGUGUCACUGCUGUUGACUGUUGACUGGCUCUUAGAUCGGGUACGGACUUCUAUCAACGUCCUCGGCGACGGCUUUGCGGCUGGAGUUGUUUCGCAUAUUUUGCAG